AUGACAGGUAAAUUCUCUAUAAACGAUGACACCACGUCUUCGAGUGAGACACCCGGCUGGCAAGCAGAUGUUUCGAAAAUAUCUGAUCGUCUCUUGGUCGGCUGCAACACUCCGCCGUGUGACGAUGGUCCCGGAGUGGAUGCUCUUGAUUUCUGCAAUGCAAGGCUCUUGCCGGGGUUCUGGCGCGCAUUUGAAUUACCACCGUCCGGCCAUGCACUCCUGUCUCUCAUGGAAAUUGUUACUAUUGCGAAGGAUGCCACGAAGUUCAUGUUAGCAGUUCCUGUGAAUAUCGCGGUGAUACUGGGAUCCAGUUCAGACUCGUCAGAGGGUCUCGCAUUGGUGUGCUGCUGCGUACUGGUUUUGCGGGCGUUGGCUAGAGAUGGCCAGGAGGCGUUCUCUAUAUACGCCUCUCAACGGUAUGUAGAACCGGCGAUCCGCCCCGAGGACGUCCUGCACGCGUCAUCAUUACGGCAGCUCGAGUUGCUGUCCCCGAAGUCUCACUUCCUCAACGAAGAGGAGACAAAACCUCCCCGAGAGUGGGCAGUUGCUUCUAUUUCUGUCGUCAAUGAACCGGACUGGGUGGAGAACGUUAACGUCAGCAUAGUCAACUUGUAUGGUGAGAAGAGUUUAGUACUAGAGCGACAAAACUUACUGAGGAAUCAACGGAAUAUGGGAGCAAGUGUAUCCUGGAAAGAGGAUGAGGCGCCGAAAGUGAAGGGAGAGGUCUACAUUGUCAUUGAGAAGUGUAUCACCAAUCCAGGGGAAGUGCAGGAGCCACGCCUCUUCGGAGCAUAUGGCUGUUUGUUGCCAGAAUCACCCCAUUUGCAGAAGAUGCUCGCGUCGAGCUCUGAUGCGCACUACUUGAAUUUGUCGAUCGAUCAGUGUGAUGUGUUCGACUCCCGGUUGGCUAACACAGGUAGUUAUGAGUUGUCCACUUGA